AUGGGCGCCGGCAGCUCUAAGCCCGAAGCUUCGGCUGGCUCGAAACAUGUUUUCUCCAGACGGAAGAAAGCUAAUGCAAACGUUCGCAACAGCAACUCCCCCGUCCAGUUCUCCUCCAACCUCGUCGAGGCCCUCCAGACCAACACCGAGACCGACUCCUCCCGCGCCAAGAGCCUGGAGCUGCAGGUCCAAGCCCGCGUCGCCCAGGAACUCGAGCGCCUCCGCGAGCGCGAGCAGCAGACCAUCGCCGAGAUCGAAAAGCGCCUCGCAGAAGUCAAAGACACGGUGCCGGCGCCCUCGUUCUCCACGCCCAGCUUCGGCGCGCCCGCCGGCUCGCUGGACCUGGACGCGCCGCGCAUCCCCUUCGCCGGCCGCGAGUACACCGCUGCGGCUGCGGCUCCAGCUGCAGCCGCCUCCGCCGAGCCCGCCAACCGCGAGCUGAGCCGCGAGUCGGUGAAUUCGGAGAUCGAGCAGCUGCGGAGCAAGCUGGAGGGCCGCCGGAAGCUGGUGGAGGUGGAUGAGGGGGUGGAGAAGGCGAGGGCGGAGGUGGUGACGUGCUUGCGGUUGCAUGAUCGGCGGCCUUUGGAUUGUUGGAAGGAGGUUGAGGGGUUUAAGCGGGAGGUGGCGAGGCUGGAGGAGGCGUUUGUGGAUCGUGUUGUAGGUUAG